AUGCAUCGUCUGGCCAUCCCCCUACGACGUAGCAUUGUUGUAGCUGCUGCAGGGCUCGGGGCCUUUACAUUGCAGUCACGCGCUGCUAUCCACCUGGACGCUCAGCAGCCUUCAUCGGGAAGCGCAUCUCCGGCUGUGCACUCGAAGCCAGGUUCUAAGUUGUCCAUAUACCCCGAACCAGAUCCUGAGAUAGUUCUCGUCGAGACCCACAGUGAGCUCGAGCGUCAAAUACGGACUACUCGACGGCAUGCUACUUAUUUUUACGAUCAAUCUCGUGCACAUGUGCGAGGCAUUGUUUCUAAGUGGAUUGGUGUGGAGGAAGCUGUAGAAAAUCGCAUCAAGUCACUCAUACCCAAGGACGAGUCUAUCACGCCUGGCAUCCUGUACGUCGGUGUGGUCGCACUCACUGGGUCUGUUAUAGGCAGAACAAGAUCCCUCCCAGUCCGCAUCCUCCUCCCACCAACCCUUCUCAUACUCGCCUUCCCACAAUUGCUCCCCAAAACGUCGGCAAACCUUCGUGCCUACUUCUCUUCCCUUGAAGACCACUAUGUUCCUGAUAUCGCUGCUCAGCAUGACGCACUAAAUACUCGCGUGUCAGAGACGCUCGCUGGAACCUGCAAGAAGCACGCAGAGCUGACAAAGGCUGCAAAGGACAGUAUACAAGCCGGCCUGCACAAGUUGGAGGAAACGAGUGGACUAAAGCUUGGAACUAAGACCGACGCAAAAUAG